UGGGACGAGUUCUCUCAGCAUGGCUCGGACACUGAGCUUCUCCUGGCUCUUAGUCUUUCUGCUCUUCCUCUCUGGAUUGGAGUGUGACCAUGGUGGUAAAUCUAACAACAGGCAAAAAAGGGACAUCAGCACUGACCAGCCUCGUAUGAUAUCAGAAAAUGGUCACCUCACAUUCUCUGCUGGCUACAACAAAGACAUUCGCUUCACAACCUCAGGGACAGGAAGUGUGAAGGUGGGGGCUGAGGAUCUCAUCCACCAGAUAAAUCAGAUCAAAAUUAACAAAGACGACAUCGAUACCAUAAAGAACAGUGGCCCUUCUCCGGAUAUUACAAACCAGCUCAAUCAGCUCAACACCAGAGUGACGACGCUUGAGACAAAAGUUCAGACAAUAGAACAGACAGUUCAGCGGAAGACGUGCAGCAGCAAUCCAUGUCAGAACGCAGGAACCUGCUUGAACUUGUUAGAUGCAUUUCAUUGCCUCUGUCCUGACAACUGGCAGGGUCCCACAUGUGCAGUGGAUGUGAAUGAGUGUCAGGUGUUAGCAGGAACUCCGGUGGGCUGUCAGAACGGGGCCACGUGUGUGAACACACCCGGAUCUUUCACCUGUACCUGUACUGCAGAAUGGUACGGUCCACACUGUACAUCUCGCUAUGAUGACUGUGCAGGCGGAAGUCAGGAUCUGUGUGUUCACGGCUUGUGCAUCGAUUCAGACAGAGUCAAUCCCAAUGAGCCCAAAUAUAAGUGUAUCUGUGAUGCUGGCUGGAUGUCUCCACCCGGAGAGUCGGCGUGCACGGCUGAUGUUGAUGAGUGCGGCCUCCCGAACAAACCCUGCUCCACAAACCCCCCUGUGCAGUGCUUCAACACUCUGGGCUCGUUCUACUGUGGCGCCUGCCCUGCAGGAUGGCAGGGUAACGGUUACAGCUGCCAGGAUGUCGAUGAAUGUGCCACAAACAAUGGAGGCUGUUCUACUUCCCCCAUGGUGCCUUGUCUCAACACCAUGGGCUCCUUCCACUGCGGCCAGUGUCCUCCAGGCUAUGAGGGAGACGGGAAGACUUGCACUCAAGCUGACAUCUGCUCCGCCAACAAUGGAGGAUGUUAUCCACUGGCUACCUGUACUUCUACUCCAGGAAGUAUUAUCCCAUCAUGCACCUGUCCUCCUGGUUAUGUGGGUAAUGGCUAUGGACCUACGGGCUGUACUCAGAUCAGUGACAUCUGUGGAACUAGUAAUCCUUGUGUAAAUGGUCAGUGUGAGAAUACAGCAACUGGCUACAUCUGUCGCUGUGACCCGGGCUGGGCAGGGCAGAAUUGCGAUCAGAACGUGAACGAGUGCUCUAGCAAUCCCUGCCAGAACGGAGGCACCUGCAUCGACGGCAUCAACGGCUACACCUGCACCUGCACCUCCCAGUGGACGGGCCCGCAGUGCCAAACUCCACAGCAAGAGUGUGGAGGAGUUUUGGAAAGUCCAGCCGGCACAUUCAGCUACCCUAUGAAUCCUGGAACGGGUGAUUAUGAUCACCAGGUCAGCUGUGCGUGGGUCAUCAGAACCGACCCCAGCAAGAUUCUGCGGAUUACCUUCCCUUUCUUUGACAUCGAGAACAGCGCCUCCUGCAACUUCGAUUUCCUGCAGGUCCAUGAUGGCGAGAGCGCCUCAGCUUUCAUGAUCGGGAAAUACUGCGGCACUGCCGCCCCAGCCGAACUCUUCAGCUCCCACAAUUCUCUGUACUUCUGGUUCCGCUCUGACCAUUCAGUCAGUGGUCGUGGCUUCACAGUGGCCUGGCAAUCGCAGGCACCAGUGUGUGGUGGGGAGUUGACCAACACAUACGGUGACAUCAAGUCACCCGGGUACCCAGGUAACUAUCCACCUAACCGGGACUGCUAUUGGAUGGUGAAUGUGAACCCUGGUCUGCUCAUCACAUUCGCUUUUGGCACCCUCAGUCUGGAGCACCAUGAUAACUGUAAUUUUGACUACCUGGAGAUCAGAGACGGACUGCUCCCAGAAGACCCGGUUUUGGGAAAAUACUGCAGUACAGCAUCACCACCACCUCUACAGACGACAGGACCAUCAGCCUGGAUCCGCUUUCACUCUGAUUUCAGCAUCAGCGAUCGGGGAUUUCACAUUACAUACACUACUUCACCAUCUGACCCGGGCUGCGGAGGCGUCUUUACAGACACAGAAGGCAUCAUCAUCUCUCCUAACUGGCCUAAUAACUAUGCUCACAAUAGGCAGUGCAUUUAUAUCAUCAGAAUGCCACGUAGUGAACAAGUGGCACUUAACUUCACCCACAUGGACCUGGAAACUCAUAGUGGCUGUCUUUUUGAUUUUGUUGAGGUUCGAGACGGGACGGGUGAGACCGACCCACUCAUUGGGAAGUACUGUGGCUCCACCCUGCCAGCACCAAUAUUGUCCACCACUAAUGGACUCUGGAUCCGUUUUAAGUCUGACAGCUCUGUGUCCCGUGCUGGCUUCAGGGCCAUGUAUGAACUUGCUUGUGGAGGAACCCUCUCUGGAAACGGUCAGAUUCGCACUCCCCUGCACCCUGACCCCUAUCCCCACAACAAAGUGUGCGAGUGGGUCAUUAACCAGCCCGAGGGAUAUGUGGUCACUCUCAACUUCCUCACCUUUGACGUUGAGGGAAGCAGCACAUGCGUCUUCGAUUAUGUCGAGGUGAGAGAUGGUCCCAGCAUAGACUCCCCUCUGAUUGGUCGAUACUGUGGAAUUAACAUGCCUCCCAUGCUGGAGUCCACCCAGAGGUCCAUGUUCAUCCGCUUCAAAACAGACUCAUCUGUCUCCAACCAUGGUUUCACUGCUGAGUUUGCAUCUGCAGAGCAAGGUUGUGGAGAGACUCUUACAGAACCAACAGGUUCAUUCACCAGCCCAGGACAUCCCACUGACUACCCUCAUGGAGCCAAUUGUACCUGGUACAUCUCCGUUGAGCCUGGCAACCUCAUCCGUCUGUCAUUCACAACCUUCAACCUGGAGUAUCACACCAACUGCGGAUACGACUAUGUGGAUGUCUACGAUAAUGGCACAGCGCUGACUGGCACUCUUAUGGGCAGGUUCUGUGGGCGCUCCGUUCCUCCAUCUCUAACCAGCACUGAUAGUCUGAUGACCAUCCUGCUGGUCUCUGACUCCAGUCUGUCUGCGGAAGGCUUUUCUGCUGAUUAUGUCUCCAUCAAUGCAAGCACAGGUUGUGGAGAGACUCUUACAGAACCAACAGGUUCAUUCACCAGCCCAGGACAUCCCACUGACUACCCUCAUGGAGCCAAUUGUACCUGGUACAUCUCCGUUGAGCCUGGCAACCUCAUCCGUCUGUCAUUCACAACCUUCAACCUGGAGUAUCACACCAACUGCGGAUACGACUAUGUGGAUGUCUACGAUAAUGGCACAGCGCUGACUGGCACUCUUAUGGGCAGGUUCUGUGGGCGCUCCGUUCCUCCAUCUCUAACCAGCACUGAUAGUCUGAUGACCAUCCUGCUGGUCUCUGACUCCAGUCUGUCUGCGGAAGGCUUUUCUGCUGAUUAUGUCUCCAUCAAUGCAAGCACAGAUUGCAGUGAGGUGUUUAGGUCACCCACCGGGGACUUCAGCUCACCCAACUACCCUGACAAUUACCCCAACAAUCGGGAGUGUGUGUAUAAAAUCAUAGUGGAAGUCAACAUGCAGAUCAUGCUGAAUGUCACAGAUUUUGAGCUGGAGGGGUUCAGUUCCUGUGGUUUUGACUAUUUAGAGAUCAGAGAUGGAGGCUAUGAAACAUCCCCCCUGAUUGGUAAAUAUUGCGGAACAAAUGGUCCACCCAUAAUAGUGUCACAUAGCAACAGACUGUGGCUGAAGUUCAGAUCUGACCACUCACUCACCUACAGGGGAUUGAAAGCCCACUGGGAUGGCACACAGACAGGUUGCGGUGGGACGUUGACAACAAGUGUGGGAGGUUUCUCCUCUCCCAACUACCCCCUGCCGUAUCACGCCAACGCCGAAUGCUACUGGCACAUCAAAACCAGUGCAGGAAGCACAGUGGAGCUCAGCUUUGGAGACUUUCACCUGGAGAACAGCAUCAACUGCUACUACGACUAUUUGGCGGUGUAUGAUGGCGACAGCACCAGUUCUCCUGAGGUGGCCAAACUGUGUGGAAAUCAGAUUCCUCCUCCCAUCAGCUCCUCCCGAGACAACAUGUACGUGAAGCUACGUACAGACAGCAUCAUCCACACAGGCGGAUUUCUGGCUAACUACCAAACCAUUUGCCAGGGCGUGCUGAUCGCCAACCGGAGCCGGGGAAAGAUUGAGAGCUUGAACUUCCCCAAUGAUUACCCAUUUCGUGCCGACUGCAGCUGGACCAUCCAGGCCUCCAUGGGCAACACCAUCAACUACACUUUUAUAACCUUUGAGGUGGAGCACCACGUUGGAUGUGCCUAUGACUUUGUGAAGCUCUAUGAUGGUCCAAACGAUCAGGCUACUCUGAUUGGUACGUUCUGUGGGAACACGCCUCCUCCAGCCAGCACCACCACCGGUACCAGCCUCCACAUUGUGUUCCGCUCCGACAUGUCUGUCUCAUACAGAGGCUUUCAGAUGGACUGGUACCAGAAUGGUUGUGGUGGGGAACUCUUCGGGCCCACCGGUGCUUUCACCAGCCCAGGCUAUCCGGACAAAUACCCAGCAAGCCGUGAGUGCAUCUGGCACAUCCAAACAAGCCCUGGAAGUAGCAUUUCCAUCACCAUCCUUGAGUUUGAUGUGGAAUAUCAUCCUGACUGCAACUAUGACAAGCUGGAGGUGUACGGAGGGCCUGACCUCUCCUCCCCACGAUUGGCCCAGCUCUGCACCACACGCCCUCCCAGUAACCCUCUGCAGGUGGCCAGCACAGGUAACACUGUCACCGUUCGAUUCACAUCUGAUGCCGUCUUGAGUGGCAGAGGCUUCAACGCAACCUGGGUAGAAGUUCCUGGAGGAUGUGGAGGGAUCGUCACAGCCCCCAAUGGAGAGAUCCACUCUCCACAGUAUCCCAGCAACUAUCCUGACAAUGUGGAUUGUUCCUGGGUCAUCACAGUGGACGUAGGCCAUCGAGUCUUCUUCAACUUCACUGAUCUGGAUCUCGAAAGUCACAGCUCAUGCAGUUUUGAUUACGUGGCUAUCCAUGAUGGUCACCAUGAGUCUUCUCCACUCCUGGGUAAAUUUUGUGGAGUCUCCAGACCUUCUCCCAUUACGUCCACAAGGAACGUCAUCUAUGUUCGCUUCAGGUCAGAUCACAGUCAGAACCGUAAAGGCUUUAGUGCCCAGUUCUCAGAAGCAUGUGGAUCCACUAUAGCAGCUGAUGAUGUGGGUGGUGAGAUUGCAUCUCCUCGUUAUCCAUAUUCUUACCCACCCAAUCAGAACUGUAGUUGGAUCAUACAGACACAGGAGCCAUUCAAUCAUGUGACUUUGUCCUUCACUGACUUUGAGGUUGAGAUGGUGAAUAGUAACUGCUCUCAUGAUCGUGUGGAGGUCCUGGAUGGAGACAAUUACCAAGCCCCAUCUGUUGGUCGUUACUGUGGGAAUGAGUUGCCACACCCAGUCACUUCAUUCAGCAAUGCCCUGGUGGUAAACUUCAUAUCAGAUGCUUCAGUAGGGAGGAAAGGUUUUAGGCGGGAGCUGCCUGGCUCUCUGCACUCUAAUGGUGAUGCCAUGUUCCUUCGAUUCACUUCUGAUGGCAGCAUUAAUGGCAGGGGCUUUAAUGCCACCUUUUCCAGAGGUUGUGGUGGAUUCCUCCAUACAGACAGAGGGGUCCUAAGUUCUCCUCAAUAUCCACAGAACUACAAGCCCAACAUGAAUUGCAACUGGCAAGUAAUGGUCACCUCAGGGUUUAGAGUGUCUGUAACCUUCCAAAGUCCUUUCCAAAUACAGGGUUAUGGCGAUCACUGCAGCUCAGGUGACUACUUGGAGUUACGUAAUGGACCUGAUGGCAACUCACCAACUCUAUCAGGACGCCUCUGUGGGUCCAGUGCUCCAUCCACAUUUCAAACCACAGACAAUAGCCUCUAUGCCCACUUUGUCUCUGAUGGCUCUAAUGAGGCGAGUGGCUUCAAAUUGGUAUUUGAGGCCCACAGUUCAGCUUGUGGUGGUCUCAUUGAGCUUAAUGAUGGAGAUCCACCAGGAUACAUCACGUCUCCUAACUAUCCAUCAAACUACCCCCAAAAUAUUGACUGUGUAUGGAUAAUCACUGUACCCAACGGAGAGGCUGUACAGCUUGACUUUGAGGAUGAGUUCUACAUUGAGGCUCAUACUGGAUGUAUGUAUGAUUACCUUGAGAUCCGUGAUGGUCCCACAUCAGAUGCUGUUUUGAUGGGCAGACUUUGUGGCAACACCCGCCCAUCCACACAGCAUUCAUCCGGCACCACCAUGUAUAUACGAUUCAGAACUGAUGGCAGCGUCACACAUAUUGGUUUCAAAGCCAAGUACUCCAUUGCUACAUGUGGAGGUACCUACAUUGGUCAGAGUGGUAUCAUCAGAAGCCCCGGUUAUCCAGACUCAAAUUAUCCAGACAACUCUAACUGUGAAUGGUACUUGGAAGGUCCCACUGGACACUAUCUGACCUUCACCUACACUGCCCUUGACCUGCAGAGCUCCUCCAAUUGUAACAAUGACUAUGUGGAGAUACGUGAAUACAAUGCUUCAGGUCGCCUGCUGGGGAAACACUGUGGAAACAGCGUUCCAACCCCCCUGGACACUGGAGACAGUUUUGCCUAUGUAAAGUUUGUCAGUGAUGGCAGCGGGAAUGCUGCAGGGUUUAGUUUAUUGUUUGAAGCCAGCGUUGAAGAAUGUGGAGGGGAUCUGAACGCACCAUUUGGAACCAUAUCAUCUCCCAACUACCCCAAUCUUUACCCUCACAGCCGAGUAUGCCGCUGGAGAAUCACUGUUCCUCCCGGUCGUAGGGUCACUCUUACGAUCAAUGACCUGAGGCUGGAGGAGCAUGGCACCUGUAUGUUUGACUAUGUGGAGGUUAUCAAUGGUCUGACACCCAGUGCCCCACAUUUGGGUCGGUUAUGUGGGACAGUCCCUGCUGGUACCCAGUUGAAAUCUUCUGGGAAUACUAUGCUUGUAAUUUUCAGCACUGAUUCAUCUGUGUCUAAUGGUGGAUUCACGGCAGAUUACUCUUCAGAAGAGGCAGCAGUGUGUGGUGGAAUACUCAGUCAACCUGGAAACUUCACCUCGCCUGACUUUGGCAAUGGAAACUACAGCAACAACCUGAACUGUGAAUGGCUGAUCCAGAACCCACAUCAUAUGAAUUCUUCCAUUGUGGUUAUAAUAGAUGAGCUCCAUCUAGAGCAUCACCAAACCUGCGAGUGGGACUACUUGGAGUUCAGACUGGGAGAUAUGAAUGGAGAGCUUUUGGCUCAUUUAUGUGGUCAAUCCCCUCCUACGAUCCCCAUAGUAGUGUCCACCCCUGAACUCUGGGUUCACUUCCUGUCCGAUGAGGCUGUGGGUGACCUGGGCUUCAAAGCCACGUAUUACUUUUCAGAAUGUGGAGGGUCACAAAGUGGAGAGGGAGGUGCCAUCUCUAGCCCUGGAUAUCCCAAUAACUACCCCAGCCCGAGCCGCUGUACUUGGUUUCUCGAAGCUCCGGUGGGCCACACUAUCAUUCUCACUUUUACAUACUUUGAAGUGGAGGAACACAGCCAGUGCACCUGGGAUUCAGUGACUAUCUUCAAUGGAGCCUCACCAGGAUCCCCAGUUAUUGGUCAAUACUGUGGCCACAACUCUCCAGGAACUAUCCAAUCAGGCUCCAACAAAUUAGUUGUGGUGUUCCUUGCUGAUCAUACAGUGUCCAGAGGAGGAUUUACUGCCACCUGGUCAACGGACUCAUCAGGAUGUGGAGGAAUUAUCCAUGCUGAUACAGGCACCAUCAAAUCUCCCAAUUAUCCUCAGAAUUUCCCAGCCAAUACUGAAUGUUCCUGGACCAUCAUCGCUCAUGAUGGAAACCAUCUAGAGAUGGGCUUUGCCAGUGACUUCCAGAUUCCAGACUCAAGUGGACAGUGUCAAAACAGUUACAUCAAGGUGUGGACUGACAAUGUACAGAAUGAUGAGAAUCUCUUGGCCACUGCUUGUGGCACUACAGCCCCAGCUGUAGUCAUUGCCCCCCGAAAUGUUAUUACGGCUCGUUUCCAGUCCUCAGAUACACCUGGCAAAGGCUUCUCUGCUGCAUUCUACACUAGUUGUGGGGCCAAUUUCACAGCCUCAACUGGCCGUGUCGUGUCUCCAAACUACCCAGACCACUACCCGGGAGGCUCCAACUGUAAUUACAUUAUUGAUGCUGGAGAUCAGACCGUGAUUGUGCUUACUUUUAAAAGUUUCCAGUUAGAGGCACACUCCACAUGUGUCUAUGAUGGUGUAAAGAUCUAUAGUGGCAUCACCACCAGUGGUGUUCCCUUGGCUACUCUUUGUGGAAAUACCAUUCCAGGCGUCUUCACCACAUUUGGACCAAUGCUCAUCAACUUCUACUCUGAUUCUAUCAUCCAUGACAAUGGCUUCCUGGCAGAAUACAGAACCAUACCAUGCGGUGGUGUGUUUAAUGGUACUUCUGGGACAAUCAGCAGUCCAUCUCAUUCUAUCACCAACUACCAUCACAACAUCAACUGCACAUACUACAUAUAUGUUCGUGACAACCGUGUCAUUGAUCUCAAGUUCAACUCUUUCAGUCUUGAAGCCUCCUCGACCUGCCGCUAUGACUAUGUGGCGGUGUAUGAUGGAGAGAACACUCUGGCCCCACUAGUGGGGAAGUUCUGUGGACGUGAACUACCGCCCAACCUCAGAUCUUCAUCCAAGCAUUUGUUUCUCGAGUUUGUUACAGACUCGUCGGUUGCUGCAGAGGGUCCUCAGCAGGGCUGUGGCGGUUACUUGUCUUCUUCCCCUACCGGAACGUUUGGUUCUCCUGAUAUUGACAUGAAUGGUCAGUACGAGCCACGUAUGGACUGUAUGUGGACCAUUGCAGUGGAGGCCAAUAAAGGCAUUAACCUCACAUUCACAUCCUUUGAGCUCGAAGGCUCCACUGGAACCCUCUGCAGAUAUGAUUAUGUCAAGAUCUAUGAUGGUGACAGUGCUAGUUAUCCAUUGGUUGGCACAUUCUGUGGAGAUGUAGUACCUGCCCCCUUCGUCUCGGCCAGUAACUUCCUGACCGUGCACUUCAUCUCGGACGGCACUGUUCAACGCCGUGGCUUCAUUGCCACCUACAGCACAGUGGACCCUCUUUGUGGUGGAGCAUUUAAUGCCACAGGAUCAUCUCAGACCAUCACAUCCCCAUAUUACCCAAACGCCUACCCGCCAUUCGCCUCUUGCCGCUGGGUGCUGGAUGCUCCUUCUCAGGAGGUGGUGAAAGUGUCUGUUCAGCAGUUUCAUCUGGACUCCAGCCAGAGCUGCACCAGCAACUUCCUGGAGUUUAAAGACUUCCCUGUGGGAGAUUAUGGACAGGCUCAUAAGUUCUGUGGCACUGACUCACAUGUGCCAGACUUCUACAGUUAUGGCCGCACCAUGCACAUCACCUUCAAAUCAGACCUCUUCAUGACUGGCGACGGAUUCAGCCUCACAUUUCAGGUGGCAGGCUGCAGCAGGGUGUAUGAACAGGAAUACGGUUACCUGAAGAGCCCAGGCUGGCCUGACAUAUACCCUCAUAGUCUUGAAUGCAGCGUCGUACUGCAGGCCCCUCAGAACAGCGUCAUCUCUCUGUUCUUCACCAGUUUUGAUGUGGAAAAUCAUCCUUCCUGCAACUUCGACUAUCUUGAGGUCAGAAACGGCAGUACUGCCACAUCGCCUCUGUUAGGGAAGUACUGUGGAAGCACACUGCCCAAUCCUGUCUUCCCAGGAAGCAACCAGCUCUUCCUAUAUUUCAAGAGUGACUUUACUACAGCCCGUAACGGCUUUGAGAUCACCUGGACUUCCUCUCCACAGGGUUGUGGUGGUGUGUUAUAUGGAGACCACGGCUCUUUCGCCAGUCCAAACUACCCUGGCACUUACGCCAACGGCACUUCCUGUGAGUGGGGAAUUAGGGCUCCUAGCGGCAGAGUGGUGACGGUCACAUUCAACCAGAUCAGCAUCGAUGAUCCAGGAGACUGUGAGAACAACUUCUUGAAGCUGUAUGAUGGACCGGAUGCUAAUUCACCUGUUGUUGGGCCGUACUGUGGAACGGAGACAAAUAUCGCUCCUUUCAGAGCUUCUUCAAACCUUGUGUUUGUGAAGUUCUCAGCCCAGUCUGCCGUUCUCCCGUCUGGGUUCAGACUCACCUGGAGCAGCUGAGAAGAAAUUUGAAAAAUAAAUAUUCAUACAUACACACGCACACACUGAAACUUGU